AGCACUACUACUCCUACUACAGUGAGCUGUGAGCAUUCUUCAUCUGGACACCAACCAACCCCUUCCUUCACUAGCUUCAGUUCUAUCUGAAAUGGCAGAAAAGGAGCAUUUAAACGAAGAAAUUGAUGUUCCACCCAAGAAUAAAAAUAUUCGCCGCCGUCGUAGUUAUCAUCUCUACCAAGAAAAGAAAAAUCAAAGACGCUUCCAGGAGAUAUUAUCCAAGUUGUCUGAUGAAAAUCUCAUAAAGGACAGUGGAUCAGGAAAGUUAUACAAAGGACGAGUAUUACGGUAUGGGAAGUUGAGGGAUAUUGUUGCAUGGAGGUUAGAUAGUAAGUAUGGGCAAGGAUACAUGGAGUUCGAGACAGAGAUUAGAAUGCUUUCUAAUCUCCAGCAUAAAAAUAUCAGCUCUAUAUUAGAGUCUUAUAACCAGGAUAAUGAAAAGAUCAUCAUUUACAAGGGAGGAUCUCAUGGGAUUCUGGACCAACAUCUAUGUGAUCCAACUCUCAUAUGGUCUCGGAGACUACAAAUAUGUUUAGGCAUUGCACGUGCAUUGAAUUACAUCCAUUAUGAUGUCAUACAUUGUGAUAUUAAUACCUCUAAAAUAAUUUUAGAUGAAGAUUGGGAACCCAAGAUAUUUGGUUUUGAACUUUCCUCAACAUAUCCUCAAAGUUGGAGGCAUCGCCUUCGGUUCUCUCAAUUCUUUGACUCCACCAGCAUUAUAACACCAAAAUGUGAUGUAUACUCUUACGGGGUAUUAUUGUUUGAAGUCCUUUGUGGGAAGAAACCAUUGGUUGAAGACAAUGAGGUUAAGGAAGAUCUAGAUGAGAUCAUUGAUCCUAAUCUAAAGAAACAAAUGGACGCACAAUCGUUGACACUAUUCUUAAAAAUAGCUUACAGCUGCUUGAAUCAUCAACUUAUGGAGCGUCCAACUAUGGACCAGAUUGUCAAAGAACUUGAGGAAGCGUUGGAACUUCAAUGGAAACAUGAAAAUCUUGAGCAUUUAACAGAUGCGGAGGAAGGGAUAUUAUCUAACCACAUGAAGAUGGAAUUAUUGAAGAUUCCGCUAAGCAAAAUAAGGUUGGCCACAAAUAAUUUUGAUGAAGAAAAGGUUAUAGGGUGUGGCGGGUAUGGUAAAGUGUAUAGAGCAAAUCUUGACGUUUUAGAUAUCCAAAGUUUGUCAUCAGUGGAAGGGAAAUGUAAAGAUGAACUUCCAAAGAAAAGCAAAACUGUAGCUAUAAAACGCAUCAACGAGAGGUCAGACGAUCAAGGUAAGGAAGGGUUUUUGAGGGAGAUUGAAUUGCUUACAAGUUGUAAGCAUUCAAACAUUGUCUCUCUUCUUGGCUUUUCCAAAGAAGCUCGCGAAAUGAUUCUUGUAUAUGAAUAUGCUUUUAAAGGAAGCCUUAGUGAGUAUCUGGGAAGCACAAGUAAAAAGAUUAAUCUUAAUUGGUCGCAAAGAGUACAGAUAUGUCUUGAUAUGGCACAUGGAAUUAAUUACCUUCAUACCGACAUGGAGGGUAAACCAAGGAUAGUACAUCGAGAUAUAAAGAGCGAUAACAUUUUGUUGGAUGAGAAUCUGAAUGCAAAGAUUGCCGAUUUUGGGCUCUCAAAGUUCCACCCUGCCAAUCAAGAAGUGAGUGCUAUCUAUACGAAUAAUAUUGCUGGCACAGAGGUGUACAUGGAUCCUGAAUUUCUAACUACAAAUAAGUAUAAAAAAGAAUCAGAUAUAUACUCAUUUGGAGUAGUUUUAUUUGAGAUCCUAUCUGGGAGAUUAGCCUAUGAUCCGAUUUACAUGAUGGAAAAUGAAAAGGGGCUUGCACCUAUUGCCCGACGACGGUUCAACGAGGGAACGUUAAAGGAAUUGAUAGAUCCUCACAUAAGAGAAGAAGAUGAUAAACAUGGUUUUACUCUAAAUAGAGGGCCGAAUCAAGAAUCUUAUGAUUCGUUUGCAAAAGUCGCAUAUCAAUGUUUGGCAGAAACUCAAGCCAAACGUCCAACAAUUGAGGCUGUCAUUAAGGAGCUGCAGUGUGCAUUAAAAUUGCAAGGGGAAACCAUGGUACUCUCAAGGUUUCGGCUUAGUGAUAUAGCAUUUGCUACUGAGAAUUUUUCAAAAACAUAUUGUAGUGGGUUAGACUCAAAUGGUAUGGUGUAUAAAGCAGUACUUGAUCAUUUUGACAACAAAAGUUUAUUGGCGACAGAAGAGAAGAACAGUGGUGAACCACCCAAGAGACGCAUUAGUGUCGCUAUUAAACGUAUCUCUACUAGAGAAGACAGGCACAAAGAAGAAGGGUUCUUUGAAGAAAUUGAAAUGCAUACAAGCUAUAAACAUCCCAACAUAGCUCCUCUUAUCGGCUUUUGUGAUGAAGGUAAUGAUAUGAUCCUUGUUUACCAGAAUGCUUCUAGCGGAACCCUCGAUGACUAUCUGAGAGGCACUAAUAAAAUGGGUAAGUAUACGUGGACUCAACGUCUAUAUAUGUGCCUUGAGAUUGCACGUGGACUCAAUCACCUACAUACCAUGAUGGACCGCAAGCAAGGAAUGAUACAUGUAGACAUAACGAGUGCCAACAUUCUGGUAGGAAAAAAUUGGGAAGCGCAGAUUGCUUAUUCUGGGAUCUCGAAAUUACUCCCAGUAAAUCAAGAGGAAAGCACCCACAUCUCUGCCAAUAGCGUAGGCACAAAAGUGUAUCACGACCCAGAAUUUGAAAAGACCGGUGAAUUGAAAAAAGAAUCAGACAUAUACUCUUUUGGAGUGGUUCUAUUUGAAAUCUUUUGUGGGAGGUUGGCAUACGAUCCAGCUUACAUAGUUGAAAAUGACAAUGGGCUUGCACCAGUUGCCCGUCGAUGCUUCAAUGAUGGAACAAUAAAGCAAAUAAUAGAUCCUGCGCUAAAGGAAGAAACGGAUGAAACUUCACAUAGAGUUCCUGUUCAAGAUUCGCUGGACACAUUUAUAAGAAUCGCAUAUCAAUGUUUGGCUGAAACUCGAGCAGAACGUCCAACCAUGAAAAUGGUCAUCAAAGAACUUGAGACGGCGCUUAACUUUCAAGAAAACCUUAUGCAAGCCCUUCAAGUUUCACUUAAAGAUGUUGAGGAGGCCACAAGAAACUUUAGUCAAAAAAAUUGUGUUAGAAGUGGAAGAUAUUGGAAAAUGUAUAAAGGAGAAUUUUUUGCUGAUGUUGAUACUAAUGUUGAUGCCAAUGCUAAUGCCAAUGGGUGUACCACAAUUAUCGCAAAGCGGUGGGAUAGCAUGUCUAGCCAAGGAUGUCGUCAAUUUUGGACAGAACUUAAUAUUGUUUUCAAGCAUAAGCACGAGAAUAUCAUUGGUCUUGUAGGUUAUUGUAACGAACAGGAUGAAAGGAUCAUCGUUUAUGAGCACGCGCCUUAUGGAACUCUUGAUAUGUAUUUGGAUGACGCUAGUCUAACAUGGAUGAAAAGGCUCAAGAUAUGCAUCGAUGUUGCUAAUGGAUUGGAGUUCCUUCAUAGAGGUGCUAUAACGCUGAAGAAAGUGGUACAUAGGAACAUCCAAAGCCAUGCAAUUCUAUUAUAUGAUGACUGGAAGGCGAAAAUUUCAAAUUUAGAGUUGUCUUCAUCAGAAUCAUUACCGCACGACAUGGAACAUGUCAGCAGUAUUAACGCUUAUGGUGCAUUUGGCUAUCUUGACCCAGAGCACAAACAAGGUUUCUUAACUGAAAAAUCUGAUAUAUAUUCAUUUGGUGUGGUUUUAUUUGAGAUAUUGUGUGGAAGAUUGGCAUGGGUAGAGGACUGCAAGGAUCAUUUGCGAUCUUUAGGUCCUCUAGCUAAAAGGAAAUAUCAAGAAGGAAAGAUUGAUAAGAUGGUGUUUGAUGGUAUAAAGGAACAAAUUGGUCCGGAAUCAAUGGCUACAUUUUCCAAAAUUGCCUAUAAAUGCUUAAAUGACAAGAGAGAAGAACGACCAAUGGCAGGCGAUGUAGUAAUACAACUCAAGAAAGCAUUGGAUGUCCAAGAAGAUUAUGAAAUAUGGGAGGCCCAACUGCCUAAAGACUACAAAGAAAUAAUUCAGAUGUCAGACACCCCCGAGAUCUAUUCUACCAUGAAGCGAAAGGAACUUUACAACUUACUCUCUAAAGGAAUCCUGAUUGCUGAUGGCAAAGUGUGGUUCUCACUUGGAAUUAAUGGAGAAAGAAAUGAAGUGGUAUCAGCAAGCCAAUUUUCAUACAAAAAGCAUCGGAUGCGAUCUAUUCCAGAGUCAAGGUUUCAUAAGAUAGCAGAGAUAUCAGAUAUUUCGAAUUUGAAUAUCCAAAUAAAGAUAAGAACCCAAUUUUUAUCCAUGGGAGUCCACUAUGGCAUUCAUCUCAUAUUUAGAUUUUGUGGUGUAAAAAAAUCCGUAGCUAAACAGAUGUAUGUGAAUCUAGCAUACAAAAUGGGGAAGGAAACUUUAAAUGCAUAUUUCGCUACUUGGGGAGAGGAUGAGUGGAUGAGGAUUGAAUUGUAUCGGUUUUUGAAUGACAAGGAAAAAACUGACGUUGUGUUUCAACUAGAGAGAUUUUCAAGGUCCUAUUGUGGAAACCGCGGCAUUUAUGUUGAAGGCCUUGAGUUUCGAGCCAUUGACAAUGAGAAACAUGACGAAAACAAGGAGAAAUAUCAUAUGCUUUCUGCAAUGGAGGCCAUUUGCAAUUUUUCUGAUACAAAGCUUUGUAUUUUGAAACCCUCAACUGAGUCCAGAUUUCGAAAGGUGAUUGAGCUUUUAUCAACACAAGAAUUUCGUAUCAAGUGCAAAAUUGAAAGUGAAAGAUUGUUACCAAAUACAGAAUACAUAUGUUACCUUGUGUUCAAGCUUUCAGAAAAGUGUAGUGGGUUGCAUUGCCCAGUAAAAGUACGAGAUCAACAGCAGGCCGAGAUCAAACAGACUCGAAUUGUUUAUUUUAGAACCCCACACUCAUGGAAUGUGACCGGUGACGAUAAUCAGGGUCCAAAAGAGAGGGAAGAUGGAUGGAUGGAGGUUAAUUUGUGGAAGUUCAGAUCAGAGCUUGAUAUUGAUAAUGACUAUAUCUUAAUAAAUUUGAAACUUGCAACUUAUGAAGGAACUAUGGUUGGUCUUGUUGUAUGUGGCCUAGAGUUUCGUCCGAUGUAGGAUUAGGUGUAUAUAUGUUCCAGUUAUAACAGAUGAAUUUUCAGGUACAUCUCCAAACAUCUCUAUAUCCAUAUUCAGUAACUUCUGUUAGUAGCUAAUGUGUUAGAAUGAGGUUACAAAAAUUGUGUUAUUAUGACUAUAUAUAAUCCAGCCAUUUAUGUA